AUGUCCGGCCUCCCCCAGCCCCAGCUCCACAAGGACGCAAAGUACAUCUUCCUGUCUGACUGGACACAUGCUGACAGGCAGGACGGAACGAUCACGGACCGCGAUUCGAACGACUUCCUUACGGACAACUAUGGCAUGGGCGUCGAGGGCCGCAAGGCGCUCAACCACGACGUCCUGACCGGUGACAAGAACUUCCGCGACACGUUCCGCGAGAUGCUCGGCAGCGUCAAGAUCCCCUUUGACGAGUGCAAGAAGGUGCUCAGCGAGAACAUCACGCUCGACCCCGGCUUCAAGAACUUCUACGCCUACCUCCGCAGCCAGAACAUUCCCUUCAUCAUCGUGUCGUCUGGCAUGCAGCCGACGAUCUACGCCGUGCUUGAGCACCUCCUCGGCGACGACGCCAAGAACAUCGAGAUCAUCUCCAACGACGUCAAGUACCUCGACCCGGAGCAGAAGGGCACCUCGUGGGAGAUUGUGUGGCGCCACCCCGAGUCCGGCUUCGGUCACGACAAGUCUCGCUCAAUCGAGCCGUACCGCUCGCUCGAGCACCGGCCGACCAUCUUCUUCGCCGGCGACGGAGUCUCGGACCUCUCGGCUGCCCGUCACGCCGACCUCCUCUUCACCAAGGUCGGCCCCUCGGGCGAGUCUGACCUGCAGAAGUUCUGCGAGCGCGAGAACAUCCCCCACGUCGACUUCAAGGACUUCUCCACCGUUGAGGCCAAGGUCAAGGAGGUCGUCGAGGGAGGCAAGAGCUGCGAGCAGGUCAUUGCCGAGAGCAGCACGCUCAAGAAUUAG